AUGAAAGAUCCUCCAAACGCUUCCUCGCCAGAGAACACUUCUGUACUCCGUCCAGACUUUCACUGGGGCUUUGCAACAGCCGCUGCUCAAGUCGAAGGAGCAUGGGAUGCCGACGGCAAAGGUCCCUCCAUCUGGGACAAGUUCUCACGCAUUCCAGGCAAGAUCAUCGACGGAAGGACUACUGCCGAUGGAACUCGCGCAUAUGAUCUAUACAAGGACGAUGUCCAGCUGCUGAAGAAGUUGGGUGUCAACUCAUAUCGCUUCAGUCUCGCUUGGAGCCGUAUCAUUCCUCUGGGAGGUAAGGACGACCCGGUAAACGAAGCUGGCCUCAAAUUCUACAGCAAUCUUGUCGAUGAGCUGCUAGCCAAUAACAUCACUCCUUUCGUCACUUUGUAUCACUGGGAUGCUCCUCAGGCUCUCGAAAAUCGCUAUGGUGGAAUGCUCAAUCAAGCUCAUUACACCGCGGACUUUGAGCGCUACGCACGAGUCUGCUUUGCUGCUUUGGGAGAUCGAGUGAAGCAUUGGAUUACGUAUAAUGAGCCGGGCAUAGUCACGACUCUUGCCUAUGCCGAAGGCGUCCACGCUCCUGGUCGUUCCUCUCUACCCGGCCGCAACGACCCUGGAGACAGCAGUACAGAGCCUUUCAUCGUUGGCCAUACCCAGCUAGUCAGUCACGCCCACGCUGUGAAAAUCUACCGCGAAGAGUUCAAACCAUCCCAAAAAGGUGUCAUCGGCAUCACUCUGCAUGGAAACUACAGCGCACCCUGGGACGAGAACGACCCCAAGGACGUCGAAGCCACUCAGCGAGCCCUCGAGUUCGAAAUCGGCUGGUUUGCAGACCCCGUAUAUGGAUCCGGCGACUACCCAGCCAGCAUGCGAGAGCAACUCGGCUCCCGUCUCCCACAAUUCACACCCGCUGAAAGAGCACUGGUGCAAGGAUCCUCCGACUUCUACGGCAUGAACAGCUACACAACAUUCUUCGUACGCCACCGUGACGAGCCUGCAGACAUCAACGACUACAAAGGCAACGUAACUGUCCACGACACCAACAAAGCCGGCCUCUCCCGUGGCCUAGAGACUCCAACCUCAUGGCUACGCUCCAACCCCGCCGGUUUUCACGCGCUUCUGCACUGGAUCUGGUCACGCUACCACACUCCCAUCUACAUUACCGAAAACGGCACCACCGCAAAGGGCGACAGUGAUUGGGAUCCUUCCUCUGGCUCUCCACUCGAUGACGCUUUCCGCCAAAACUUCUUCGAAGGGUAUAUUGGUGCUGUGGCUGCUGCGGUCAAGCAAGGUGUGGAUAUCAGAAGUUACUUUGCGUGGACGUUUACGGAUAAUUGGGAGUGGGCUGCUGGCUUUACGGACAGGUUUGGUGGGAGCUGGGUUGAUUUUGAGAGUGCUGAACGGAAGAGGUAUCCUAAGAAAUCGGCUUUUGAAUUGGGGAGGAUCUUUGGGCAUCUGAUUGGGGAGAAGAAGGAUGCUGAAGAAAGCAGAAACAAGCGCGACGAGAUGCGAGCGGGAGUAAAGUGUCUUUUGCAAUGA